UCCGUUUAGUGCGUCUUUCUACCUAUCUUCAAGUUUCGCAUUACGUACCUUUAUUUUAUUAUUGCGAAAUACUUUUGACGCGAUAAAAGCAAACGCUAUAAUUGUCAAGUUGUUAAUCCCAUAGUUACGAAGACGAAAACUUAAUGAUGUUGAUCGAUCGUUCGACGUGAAAAACAUUAGACUUUUGUGAAACUCUCAACUAUUUCUCCUCCCUCGUCGCAGUCCCACCGACGGAUUCGUGCCGCUGCGCGGUUCGCGGUUGGUACGUUGAGUAACCUUGAACAAUAAUAUACCAAGUUGUUAUCUAUAGAAACAGCGAUUCGUGUGUCUACAUAUAUAGUCUUGCAACAUAAUUCCAUAAAAAAGGUUAUCUUAUCUUAGAAAAAUACGAAAUACGAAAGUUUGUUUAAUAUGCGCGAUGGCUGUUUCUGACUGGCUGUUUCAUUAAAACGUGGAAGAAAAGAAGCAAGCUCAGACGUUUGAGGAUCGAGUAGGCGCGAAGAUCGGAAUAAAGCACCCCGCCGAUAAUAGUUUGAGAUAAACCCAGGCUAUUGAAAUGUUUUAUUCGUGCAGGGAAAUAUCGGAAAAAUGGAGCACGUGGCCUCAGUGGUUGGCUGCUUUCGAAGUGGUGCAUCUUGGGCUAUCGAACGGACUUGCGGGAGGAUGGACGUCACCGUUUCUUGCAAAAUUAACAGGACCGGAUUCGGAAUUAGCCGUGACGAACGAGGAAGCUUCUUGGAUAGCCUCGCUCGUUCCUGUCGGAAGAGUAUUAGGCGCGAUGUGUGGUUCCAUCAAUGUAUACUAUUUCGGUAGCAAAUUCUCGGUACUCUGCACCGGAUUGCCCCUUGCUCUCAGUUGGAUAUUUCUGAUAAUCGCCAAUUCGGUAAAUUGGAUAUACGCAGCGAGAUUAUUGCAGGGAAUAUCAGUGGGAAUGUUUUUUGGAACUGUUCCAUUGUACGUCGGUGAAGUGUCGCAUCCAAAGAUCCGCGGGGCCAUGAUCAGUGUCCUCAUAAGUGCAUUGGCGAUCGGCUUUAUCGUCGGUAACCUGAUGGGUUCCCUCAUGUCCAUGUGGCUUUUUUCGGUAGUCAGUGCCAUACCUACCGUUGGAUUUCUCCUAUUUUUCGCACUCUUACCGGCGACACCGCACUAUUUGGUUUCGCAAGAACGUUACGACGAAGCGGCCGAAUCAAUAUUGUGGUAUCAGCGGGACGCGGACGUUAAGAAAGAACUGGAAUCCCUUCGCCGUUUCGUAACUUCUAUGAAGUCUCUGACUUUCUGUGAAACCCUACGGGAAUUCAGUGUGCCUCAAAAUCGAAAGGCGCUCGUAAUGGUCGCCAUGGUUUUUAUACUUUUGCAAAUUGGUGGAACGUACACGUUGGGUUAUUACAUGGAAAUAAUACUGAGGCGAGCCGGCGUUAAAACGCUUCUUGAUCCCGGCAUGGCCGUCGUUGUUAUCGGCAUAGUAGGCAUUUCCGGUGGUUUUUUCGCUAUGUACGCCAAUGACAAAUACGGUAGAAAAAUGGUUUUGGGCGGAUCGUGUUUCGGUUUGACCAUUAGCCUCGGCCUGUUGGGCGCUCAAUAUGUUUUUAUCGAUCAUAAUUUAGCAACGCCUAGCCUCGAGUGCUUGCCGAUCGUUGCGAUGAUGGCGGUCGAAUUUUUCGUCAAUCUCGGCAUCGGUCCCGUUCCCAGUACGAUGGUCAGUGAAAUUUUUUCCCCCCGGACCAAGAGCAUCGCUUCGUGCGUCGCCAAUAUGUCAUCCGGUUUGUUCGCUUUUGUUAACACUAAAACGUAUCAAGCGAUGAUCGAUACCAUGCCCGAUCAAUACGUCAUCUGGUUUUACGGAAUAGUCAUGGGGCUUCUUGGUGUCUAUACUGUAAUUGUAUUGCCCGAAACUAAAGGUAAAUCGUUACAGGAGAUUCAAGAUAUGCUGUCUCUCAAAUAAAUCAUUCUUUUUAA